AUACCAUGUGCUAUUGUUGCCACAUAUAAGAAUUCAUCACAAAAUCCAAAAUAACGAAACCAAACAAAACAAAUAUUUUCUUAUAUCUCUGUUGCCAUGAAGCUGACCGGAACCCUAGUUAUCUGCACAUGGCUUCUCGUGGCAUGGCAGCCACGGCUGACGAUGUUGCCGUCCUCGACACCUCCGGCCAGCCUCUCCUCCGCGGUGUGGAGUACUACAUCAAGCCCGCCGUCACCGGAGAUGGCGGCAACUUCACCCUGGUUGACCGGAAUGGCUCGUGCCCGUUCUAUGUCGGUCAAGAAAAUGCUACUUCAACCGGCGGGAUCCCCGUCACCUUUUCGCCUUACAUGGAGGAAGAAAGCGUGGUGAGAGAGUUGAGGAAUUUCAAGGUCGAGUUCUCCGGGAACACGACGUGUAAUCAGUCGACGGUGUGGAAGGUCGGCGAGGUCGAUCUGGUGACCGAAACCAGAUUGAUUGGGACGGGAGAUAACGCGAGUUUUCUAAACUACUUUUCGGUUGACAAAGGGGAAGAAGAACCACUGGUUAAUGGCUCUUAUGGCUUGAGAUGGUGUCCUACUCAACUGUGCCCUUAUUGCAGGUUCGCAUGUGCGUAUGUCGAUGUUUUGGUUGAGAAUGGUACGCGGUUGUUGUCGUUGAACGAAACUGCUGCUUUCCCUGUCGUGUUUGAGCGAGCUACAAUAUAAUUAAAUAGUAGUCUUAUAUGGAAAUGAGGUUGUGAUCUUAGUAAUAUUAUUUAUUAAUGUGGUCUAUUAAUAGUGAAUAAAUUAGAAUUUUGAAUAAAGCUAUAUAUAGUAGUAGCUAUAUAAUAGCAGGCAUGUGAGCAUACGCUUGUUAAUUGAUCAGGACUUCAUCUCUUGUAUAUGUCUAUUCUUACAUUGUUAUUUGUAUCAAUAAAUAAAUAUUUAUUCAUUAUUUUUUUAAUGAAA